AUUGUUUUUUGGUAGUUUACAAAUAAAAUGGCCGAUAUAUGAGGCUAUUUUGUAUGGACAAUAAAAUAUGCAAUUCUGUAAAAUUAAUGACCAUCGGCUGCUCGUAUAUGUAUAUCAAAGUACAGGUUCAGUGCUACGAAAUACGAAAAAAGAAGGUGAAGUGUAAGUGAGCGUGUAGGAGUGCCGUGAGAAGAAGGUGGAGGUUGUCUUUCAAGACCCGUGGACGCCGCGGGCCCGAAGACCGAAACGAAGAAUCACUUACGGACUCUAAUACAUUGAAAAGUCAACCGACCACUCUAUUUUUUCAUUGACGCGUGGUGGCGCGGUGACAACUGUAUGAGAACAGCUCUAGAUUUCCGGAACCUGGUUUACAGCGCACAGGCCCCCUCUGCCGCCUGCUCUAAUUCUCUCACCUCGCUUCCUAAAUACUGUGUGUUCCUAAGUCUAAUAAAAUAACACUUGGGGACACAUUCAACAUUUGUUAUAUUUUUUGUCACAGAUGAUAAGAAACGCAUGGUGUUAACCACCUUGCAAUUUUCACUUUAUGAAUCCUAAUUACUUACAGCUCUCCAUUAAUAUUGAGAGCUUAAAUAUUAUUGUACCCUAGAGCUGCUUCAGGCAGAUAUGAUUUCCAAUUCUGAAAUUCACAACCAAGAUACUGGAGUGUGACGGGUACGUUUAUUUAGAACCUUUCAAAAUAUUUCCCGCCGACCAAUUUGUUGUAAUAGAAAGAAAUGGUGCAGAUAAUACAUUGACAGAGACGGAGGGGCCUACGAGCAGUGCGUCCAGCCAGCCCACCCCCUCCGUUACCCCUCUGUCAAACAUGUGCACCACCCCUGGCAACGUGGGCACAGGAUUUGGGUAUGCCUGGUCCUUUGGAGGACCUGGAGCUGAAACCCGAGAGAAUGCACAGGGUGAACUUACUACAAAUAUUAAUUAUGCUGUGAAUAAUAAUCAGGACCAAGGAUCCAGUCAGAAGAUACAAGUUGAUAUUAAACCUACUAAAGUUGCCAAUAGUACGCAUCGUAGACCCAUGUUCACUAUGAAUGAAACUUGUCAACAAACCCCAACAACUCAUCAUACAGCUGGAGCUCAUAAUCAAACACAUGGUACACAUGUUCGUACUAAGAAACAUCAUGAUGUGUUUUCAUUAACAUGUGACAAGGGAGGUUGCAAUUGUGAUGCAUCACACCCUACACCCCCACCUUCUCUUUUUUCGAACACUUUAGUUUUUACUACUGAUAAACACGCCAUGAGUAAACAUUUCAUGACACCACUUGGACCAUUACAACUUACGGCAGAAGAGUGCAAUGAAAUUUUAAUGAAAAGAGCAGCAGCUGCCUCAAAUCAAGCGAAUGUAAACAAUGUAGCAACAAGCCAGACAGAUAGCACAGCUCAUUUUGGACAUGUUUUAACACAUGUUAAUACUACUCAAAUUGAAACAAAGGUCAAACAACAAGAUAUGGGAAGUCAAGUCCGAGUACCAAAAGAAAGACCAUAUUCUUGUUCAGAAUGUGGAAAAUCAUUUCUUCUAAAACAUCACCUUACAACACAUGCAAGAGUACAUACAGGAGAACGUCCUCAUGUUUGUGUUCAUUGUGGCAAAAGUUUCGCACACAAACAUUGUCUCCAUACACACCUGCUCCUUCAUAGUGCAGAUCGACCCUAUCAGUGCAGAGAAUGUAAAAAGUCUUUUACACUAAAACAUCAUCUUGUAACGCACACAAGAGUACAUACAAGAGAACGACCAUUUAUUUGUCAAGAGUGUGGAAGAGCAUUUCCUCUAAAACGUCAUUUAGUGACGCAUAGUAAAUUCCACUCAGGAGAGAGACCUUUUGUUUGCGAAGAAUGUGGAGAAUCGUUUUCUCAAAAGGAUCAUCUUACGAUGCAUUCGCGCUUCCAUGGCAGUUUACAUCCAUUUGUAUGUCAUGACUGCGGAGCAACCUUCCAGAGAAAAUUUGAAUUAGUGAAUCAUGGUCGUCUACAUGGCAGAGUACCCCAUUCGUGUACUGUUUGUGGGAAAGAAUUUCUUCAAAAGAGAACACUUCUGGCACAUAUGCGUUUACAUACAGGAGAAACUCCAUUUGCUUGUACUGUUUGUGGAGAAGCAUUUGCCCGGAAGACAGAUCUGGUUACCCAUUCAAAGAUACAUAACAAUAAUACGAAUACAGAUGAAAAGUCUCUUAUGUGCAGGGAAUGUGGACUGGACUUCUCGAAUCGAGAAGCUCUUACAUUACACUUAAGGUUACAUUCUGGUGAUCGUACACUUGUUACGGAUCUUUGUGGAUUAGCAGCUGCCUUCCAACAAACCCCUGGACAUUUCCUUACACCUAAUACCCCUGGAACUCAUCAGAUGAAUGGACCCAUUGCAAACCCCGGUGUCAGCCAUAUGCAUGGUGCAACGCAAACAUCACCACCUGUAGGAACAGGUCCGAAACCAAAACCACAUGUAUGUCCCGAUUGCGGUCGUGGUUUCGCGCAGAAACAUGGUUUAUCUCAACAUCAACGACGCCACACGGAUGGUAGCUGUCAUAUAAGAUCACAUGUGUGCGAUAAAUGUGGCAAAGCUUUCUAUCAGAAAAAUCAUUUACUAUUGCAUCAACGUCAACAUAUGGAUCCUCCUCCAAGUAUACUUCGACAGCAACAAAGACAAGCUGCUCAAGCUGCUGCUCAACAAGCACAACAACAGCAACAACAACAACAACAGCAGCAGCAGCAGCAGCAGCAACAACAACAAGCACAACAACAGGUGCAGCAGCAACAAGUGCAACAACAGGUGCAACAACAACAAGUGCAACAGCAACAAGUGCAACAGGUGCAACAACAACAACAACAACCUCAACAGCAACAACAAACAACAUGCACUGUAGAUACAAAAACGAUACAGCUUCAAGCGAUACAACAAGUGCAACAACAAGUUCAACAACAAGUACAACAGCAGGUACAACAACAACAGCAACAACAACAACAACAACAACAACAAGCGUGCUCUGUGGACACUAAAGCAAUACAGUUAAAUGUCACUAUGUGAGACGAUAUAGAAAGUGGGGAUUGGUCGGUCCCUGGAACAAUAGCACUCCCAAAUGCGCACCCUGCUGCCACCCUCUGCACGCACUUCUCUUGUACUAACAUUACACGUUAGAUAUAUUUAUUAUCUCUAGAAUCGAAUACGAAGUAAUCAAUUUUAU